AUGGCUGAGAACUUGCCACGGCCGAAUAUCAACCUCCGACCAACACCACGGGCUCAGUGCCCUGAAAAAGAUUGUGGGCGACCAACUCUGGGGAAACUCACACUUUGUGAACACCCAACCGUCAUAACGAACUGGGGCUGCUAUUUUCAAAAGUGCACCGCUCCUGGCUGCCCGGGUUUCUUUUGGCAUGACGAGCGGACACCUGAGGACAAGAUCCCCGAAGCCGUUCGACUACAUUUCGUCUAUCGAGAGUCUGUCUCGGCAAUGAGAGAAGGACUUACGUGUGGCAGGGACAAGUGCACGCGGCAGGCAAAUGUGGACUGA